AUGAGGCUGCUCGAUACGCACACAGGCCAGUUUGUGGAGAAGGACCCCAAGACGAUAGAAUACGCGAUCCUGUCGCACGUAUGGGACCGGGUCAAGGGCGAACAGUCGUAUCAGGAUAUCCGAGAGGCGUGCAGGGUCGCGCGCGAGGCCGGGUACCGAUACCUGUGGAUCGACUCGUGUUGCAUCGACAAAACGAGCAGCUCAGAGUUGACGGAGUCUAUUAACUCCAUGUACCUAUGGUAUGGCCGCGCAGAUCUGUGCUACGCCUACCUGGCAGACGUUCCACCUGGCAAAAAUCCCCAUCGGCGUGGGUCCACCUUCCGUGAGAGCCGAUGGCACCGGCGUGGGUGGACGCUCCAGGAGCUCAUCGCCCCUUCCUCCAUGGCGUUCCUCGCAGACGACUGGACGGAAAUCGGCAGGAAGCACACGCUCUAUGACCUUGUCCAGGAGAUCACAGGCAUCCCUUGGCAGGCUCUGUUGCACGCGAAGCCGCUCGACGAGUUCAGCGUGGCCCAGCGACUCUCGUGGGCAGCGCGGCGGGAGACGACGCGGGAGGAGGACCGAGCGUACUCGCUUCUGGGAAUCUUCAACAUCAACAUGCCCACGCUCUAUGGCGAAGGGUCGCGCGCAUUCCGGCGGCUGCAGGAGGAGAUCGUGCGGCGCAUCCCUGACUUGAGCCUCUUCGCGUGGAGGCCG